AUGCCCUCUCGCAGUAGAAGCCACAGUAGGCGCCGGCAUCGACGCCAUAGAAGCUCGCGCGACCGUUCAUCAAGCCGUAACGGUCGUUCUAGAAGGUAUUCCAAAAGUGAUCGAGAUUCUAAGUCAAGACACCAGUAUAGAGAUCGAGAAAGAUCACGAUCUCAUCAUUCUCACCGUUCCCAUGAACAAGAUAAACAAGAUGAUGUAUCUAAUCGAAGGGGCUUCAGAUAUGACUCACCACCGAAAUCUGCUACUAGAACUAAACGUUAUAGUAUGAACGAGAUGAUUGGUAGUCACCCUUUAGGUCAAGGAGUGGGUUCUAUUGGCUUAGAUCCUAUCGCUACAAAACCAUAUAGAGAGAUAUAUAUUGGAAACAUCCCUCCCCAUGCUGAUGUCAACCAUUUACUCGAAUUUCUCAACGAGGCUCUCACUGCGGUUAAUGGUACUAGCAUACCGGGUAAUCCGUGUCAGAAAGGUUGGAUUAGUGCUGACAGUCAUUAUGCGUUUGUUGAGAUGCGAACUAUGGAGGAAGCUAGCAAUUGUAUACAGUUGAGCGGUAUUAAUUAUUUAAAUUAUGCUCUUAGGAUUAAUAGGCCUAAAACAUACAAUCCUGAUGUAUUAACUGAGGCACCUUCACCAACUAUUCCUACAUUGGAUCCGUCUCUUCUAGCGCUUGGUAUCGCAGGACUGAAAUGUGCCUCUGAACAAAUCGCAGCCGCUGCAGACAUGCUAGCAACAGAACGAGCCAAGACGAUGACAGAUCGUCUGUGCGUCGAGAAUGUAAAAGAUGAAGCGGCACUUAAACGUGAAAUUGAGGCAAUGGGUAAACUUAAAUAUUACCAGUAUAUUACGCAGAAAAACAAACCGCCACUAUGCUUGUUCGAAUAUGAGCACAUAGAACUCCAGAAAACGGCACUUGCAGGUUUGACCAGACGUAACAUCAAGGUAGUUAUGGCAGUUGAUGCACUUGAGCGUGGUGCUAUGACUGAGGAGUUUAUGAAAUCGCAGAUACAAAAUUGUGAAAUUAUGAAAGCGCAAAUACCAACAAGGGCACUCUUGUUAGGUAACCUCGUAUCCAAGGAAGAGCUUGAAGAUGACGAGGAAUAUUAUGAUAUAAUUGAUGACGUAAGAUGUGAAUGUGAAAAUUACGGACGUGUCAUCCGUGUGGAGAUGCCCCGGGUACCUAAAGGGUUGACUCUAGAUGAGAUUCGUAAUAUGGACUUUUCUGCGGUAGGUUGUGCAUUUGUUCUCUUCAGUGAUGUGGAGGGUGCUUCCAAGGCUCGGAAGGUGCUAGACGGGAGAAAGUUCGGACACCGAAUUGUUGAGUGUCACUUUUUCAGUGAACUGCUUUUUCAUGUUGGCGAAUUUUCAAACCCUAAACCCAACUAUUUCAAGGAACACUCCUCAAUGUACAAUCCAAUCAUCGCCGAGGAUCCAAAUCAGGCUGGCGAUAUACUGAAUGAGUUGCGUGAGGCUGCUUACGCCUGA